UCCUCUCUGUUCUCGUGCGGAGGAGAUGCUCUGUGACAGCGGCAGAGCCAGGAUGCUGAGGCCGCGGUUCCUGCGCCUUUGCCCGGGCUCGGUACUCUCCCUGCUCCCGCUGGUCCUGCUCGGGUUAGGGUGGCCCAGUGCCGAGGCCCGGGACUCGGACUUGAGCUCCGUGACAUGCGGCUCUUUGGUCAAACUGCUCAACACGAGACACAACGUGAGGCUGCACUCGCACGACGUCAAGUACGGAUCAGGCAGCGGGCAGCAGUCUGUGACCGGGGUGGACGCGGCCGAUGACGCCAACAGCUACUGGCAGAUCAGAGGGAAACCCGGGCGCCCGUGUACCCGAGGAACGCCCAUCAAGUGUGGCCAACAUGUACGAUUCACCCACAUGAAGACGGCACGCAACCUCCACUCACACCACUUCAGCUCGCCACUGUCCAGCAAUCAGGAAGUCAGUGCGUUUGGCGAGCGUGGCGAGGGUGAUGACCUGGACGUGUGGGCGGUCCAAUGUGACGGUGAGCACUGGGAGCGUGAUGACAGCGUACGCCUCAAACAUGUGGGCACAGACGUCUUCCUGGCUGUCACCGGGGAAACAUACGGCCAUCCAAUCAGAGGCCAGCGAGAGGUGCACGGUAUGAGCGUUCCCGGACCGCACGGCCUCUGGAGAACCAUGGAGGGUGUGUUUAUCCAGCCGAGCGCCGAGCCAAUGAGACACGAUGAGCUGUGAGGUCAUCAGGACGAGCUGUGAGGUCAUCAACAUGGGACACGGCGUCAUCAGGACGCCUAAUUUUUUUCCCAACACAACCACCACUUUGCAUUGGUGGUUAUUCUCGCAAAUGUUAAUUUUGAGAAUAUAUUUUUUCAGAACUGGGUUAAGGGCAGGGUUAAGGUCAGGGUUCGAGUUAGGAUCAGUUAAUUUGUUUUAGGUUAGAUCGCAGGGACAGGUUAGCUAACCGGGUCUUGGCAGAACUGCAUUAUAGGAAAAAAUAACAUCAUCGGGGUGAGCCGCGAGGUCAUUAUGAGAGGACACAGACUAUUGUCGGCCUAUGGUCUGUGAGUCUGGGGUUGUUUCUCCAAUGCAAGGUUCACCAAGUCAGUCUUUGUUUCCAAGGUGAGACUCUGGCCUCUCAGAGACAGAGUGGAGGAUACUCCCCCAGGUGUGAUAUCCCCCAGGUGAUGGCCCAGUCGUCCAGAUGUAGCCCAGGUGUAAUUCGGGUGUGAUUCAGAUCCACCUGUGCCCAAAUCAGACCAAGCCAUGUUCAGUGCUUCUCUCCUUUGAACAUUUCUAAAAGAUUUGACAGGUGUAGACUCAAACUCUUCUUGUUUUCAUUUGAACUUAAAAAUCGAAACUUUUAUCCAUAUGUCUGGACCAACCUUGGUGCUCCCGGUGAUGUGUAUAUUUAAUCUAGUGUCUGUUGUGUUCACCUGUAAAAACACAUCCACGCACCUAUAAAGACCAUCCUCACACCUGUAAAAACCAUCAACUUAUCCACAAACCUGUAAAAACCAUCAAAACCAUCAACUUAUCCACAAACCUGUAAAAACCAUCAAUUUAUCCACAAACCUGUAAAAACCAUCAAAACCAUCAACUUAUCCACAAACCUGUAAAAACCAUCCUCAUCCCCUAAAAACACAGCCACGCACCUAUAAAAAAAAACCAUCCUCACAUCUGUAAAAAACAUUCUCACACCUGCCCACACCUGUAAAAACCAUCCACACACCUGUAAAAAUGCCUAUAAAAACCAUCCAUACACCUGUAAAGACCAUUCUCACGCCUGUAAAAAAUAAACCUAUAAACACCUGCUCUGUCAGAGAAGAACCUAUUUACUUAAGUUUACUUUGUUUCUCUAAAGUUUGUGAUUUAAUAAAGAUGUGGAUUCUAA